GCCUGGGGGAAUCUGCCUUUGCGCGUCUUCUGGUUUUCAUUUUCUCUUAAUUUAUCGAAUCUCUCUUCUCCCUCCUCUCAUUCUAUUCUAGGGUUAGGGUUCCGAUUCUGCAGAGAUUUCUGCCCUCGAAGAACUUGGUAGGCUAAGCAUGUCGUGAUUCUCCCAAAUUUCUGGUGAUAGGCCUAAUUUCUCCUACUGCUACCCGUCCCGUGUUUUCUGGGUGUUUAGGUGUUUUUUGUCCAAACUCCAUUGAAACAACAUUCUCUUUGAUAAGUUAAUUAAAAAAAAAAAAGAAAAAAAAGAAGAAAGCAAUGUAUACCUCCGAGGGAGCCCAAGCCCCUGAUUUUGUUGCUGACCAGGGCAUCUAUUACCCCGUUGAUCCCAAUUAUGCCUAUUAUUGUACAGGUUAUGAGUCGCCCGGCGAAUGGGAGAACCAUCAGAUGUUUUUUGGUGCGGAUGGUUCACAACUCCAGUACCAGGGUGGGCAGAAUGAAAAUUCUCCCUAUAUAUACUAUACUCCUAGUUAUGGAUAUGCACAGUCUCCUUACAAUCCCUUCAAUCCUUACAUCCCCGGCGCUGAUUCUCCUUUCGUUGCUUCCCAACAAUUCUACCCUCUUCCUCCUUACCCGACCCUCGCAUCGUCGUCCUAUGCAGCUCACCCUGAUAUCGUCUCCAGUAGCUCAGCGAACUCUUUGGUAGAGACGGGUUCAGCUGCUAACAGGGGUCGAUCUGACGGGAGAGGAUCCAGGAACAGAAACGCUUCAGCUGCUGAUGGAAUCCAGAGGAAUCCCCCUACUGUGAGCAGGUCCUCCGAGAAGCCAAGGCCUAACACUGGUGGACAAAACAGACCACUAUCAACAGAGAAGAGAGUUUCUACGCCAUUUCCGGCCCUCCAGGGAAAAGCUAUUUCUGUUAGCACUCACCCCGUUGACGUUGUUUCCAGUAGCAGAGUCUCGUCAUCUGGACAACUAGACAUUGCUCCUCCACCUGAACGUAAUGGUCUUUCAUCCACUGCAACAAACAAUAACAAUCCCCGUCCCAAGCUGUAUGGUGUGCAUGCAAAUAUAAGUUCAAGAUCGAAAGGACCGAGAAGUCAACUUGUUGUUAAAGCUUACACAACAAAAGCUGGAAAUGCUGACGCUGAAGGAAACAUUGUGAUCGAUCCUAAUCUGUAUAAUAAAGAAGAUCUCCGGAUCGAUUACACCAAUGCCAAGUUUUUCGUGAUUAAAUCGUAUAGUGAAGAUGAUGUUCACAAGAGCAUCAAGUACAAUGUCUGGUCGUCUACUUUGCAUGGGAACAAGAAGUUGCAGAGUGCAUAUGAAGACGCUCAGAGAAUAGCCACCGAGAAGUCUUGUGAAUGCCCAAUAUUCUUGUUCUUUUCUGUCAAUGCUAGUGGUUUGUUCUGUGGCAUGGCUGAGAUGACUGGUCCAGUUUCUUUUGAGAAAGACAUGGAUUUUUGGCAGCAAGACAAAUGGAGUGGAAGCUUUCCUGUCAAAUGGCACAUUAUUAAAGAUGUUCCCAAUAGCUAUUUCAGGCACAUCAUAUUACACAACAAUGAGAAUAAGCCGGUCACCAACAGUCGAGACACACAAGAGAUAAUGAUGAAACAAGGUCUGGAGGUGCUAAAGAUAUUUAAAGGCCAUGCGGAAAGGACUUCGCUACUUGAUGAUUUUGCGUAUUACGAAAACCGCCAGACAGUCAUGCACGAUGAGAGAAACAGGCUGCCAUACAGAAGCUUCCUUAGCCCUGUACCAGUACCCAGACCUGAUAUCUCUGACAGAAACAAGAAAAACUCUGUGGAUUCCUUCAAGAUAACCUCUUCUUCAGAAACCAAGGAGGGUCCUUCGAAAUCAGACGGGAAUGAGCAGACCACCGUAAAGGAAGGUACUAAAGAAGAUACUACUACUCUCAUUCAAAAGAAGAUCACCUCUCUCACCGUUAGCCCGACUGAUACAGACUCCAACCCAACCACUGGUUCUCACCUCAACCAGAGUCAAGCUAAUUCUAAACCAUCCCCCUCUGUCUCUGACAACAAGACAGACCCUCCUGAAGUGGUUGAUUCUCCUCUUUCUGAAGACAGUGACACUGUCAAAGUUGGAUCAUUGCCCAUCAAAGUUACCGGGUCUCCUCCAAUUGUAACUGUUGGUACUAUUCCUCUGGACCCCAGCUCACUUCAGAAGAAAUAAGCCCCUGGUUUGAUUUAUUAUCUCAUCUGUCUCCUUAUAUUUGAUCAUCUUCUAAAAGUUAAUCUCUGCAUUAUACUCCUGCUUCAUCAUAUAUGCCACAUGUGGCGUUUGUUUAUAUAGCUGAGAGUCUCGACUGGUGACUUGAGAUUUCGCAAUUAUGUCAAACGCCAAAAAGAGUAUCGUUGGUUUGCGGUUGGUGGUUGCGUUUUGGUUAUUUUGGAUUUGACCGGAGAA